AUGCGAUUCUCAAAGUCCCUGGCGCUGUUGUUUGGCACUGCGCUCUGUGAAGCACAAAUCUCGAAGCCCAGAGGAGGAGAUGUUCUGCAGCCCAACCAGAAGUUCGAGAUCGAGUGGCAAACGACUGGUCUGCAGGCGCCUAUCAAUAUUGACCUUGUCCCCAAUGGCAAAACAGACCUGUCUGUCGUUGCCGAGAAGAUAGGAGUGCAAGUCAACAACAUCGGCCGACUGAACUGGACCCCGAGCGCCUCCAUCACAGCCUUCGAGAGUUUUGCCAUCAUCAUUACCGAUUCCGCUCAGGCUGUUGUCAUAUCCGAACCUUUCCAGAUUGAGAAGCUGGUCCAGCUGCCUGUGGUACAGACACUUCUUGGGGCGGAAGUCCAGUUUGUCACUGCGGCGGCUGGUCCUCCCAAAAUCGUGUUCUCUGGGGACCUACCUCCCGAGGCUAUUCCUGCCGGUUUUGUUGCUACUGAUGCCACUCCCACCGAACCCGUCCCCUCCCAGUCGUCUGCACCUGUCGAAGAGACAUCCGUGCAGGGUAGUUCGUUUGGGCCUGCGCCUGUCAAGCUAACUCCAGCCCCUUCCGCCUCUCCCGAAUCUGCCCCUUAUAAGGACACCCUCUCCGAGCUUAAUCCAGCUUCUUCCGCGCCAGUCGAAACCUCUAUUCCUCCAGCCGACGACAGCAAACCCCGCGAACCUGACAACGUCGCCCUUAGUCCAACGCUUCCCGCCCCCAAAGUGACUCCGAUAGCACCAGUCGAUGGCGGUGGUGUGAACUUUCAGCUUACAUCCAGUUCCUCAGCAGUACCCAAGGGCCAAACGUCGGUGCCUCUGUCUGACGCAGCUGAAACGAUCUCAACUUUCUCAAUUCCUUCGUCCAGUAGUGAACCACCUAAAAGUUCUACUCUGCCCGAGUCCUUCCCCUCUCUUCCAGCUGCCAAUAACCAGAUAGCUCCGCCAAGGGCUGAACAACCACCAGCUCCGAUUUCGGUCCCCGUUUCUACUCAGCCCGCUGAUAUCGCCGUCCCAGUCCCAGAGAACCGCACCAGUAUCGCGCCAGAAGCACCAGUUGCCCCUACUCAGCCAGCAGAGGUCGCCGUUCCGAGUCCAGCAAACCGCACAAGCAUUGUCCCAUCAGCAUCGUCCGCCCCUAUCCAGAGUCUUCCAAUCGUUAGUCUUCCACUGUUGAAUACUAGCGCUCCCGCUGGUCUGCCGGCCAUUCCGACCACUGAGCCAGCCGCUGCUGCGCCCGUCCCCAUUGCUGCACCAGCCUCUUCAAACCCCUUCAGUAAUGGAACAGCUACUGCGGGAAACCCUGGCGUUGUUCCAGGCGUCGCUGCUCCGACGGGGUCGCCUGCCCCUUUCCCGCAACCUGGGCCCUCUAUUCCCUCCCCAGCAACAGGAUUGAACGGCACUCUGCCUUCAAAUGAAACUUUGCCUACAGGUUUUACACCCCUUAACCCCAUUCAGACCGGUACCGCCACGCCAACCAUUAGUGGCUCAAUCGGAUCAGGUGGGCAGGCUCAAGAGACUUCCUUGCCUGGAGGAUAUGAAGGCGGCGAUAAAGGCAGCGAUGAAGGUAGCGAAAAGGGCAAUGGCAACGGUGGCGGCGGCGGCGGCGGAAGCGGAAGUGGAAGCGGCAGCGACAAUGGUGGAUCGGGUUCCGGGAGUGGUUCUGGAUCUGGUACCGGUAGUGGUGCUGAAACUGGCAGUGGAGGUAACGGCAGUAGCGGCGAAAGAACCGGGGAUCGCAACGAUGACAGCGGCUCCGGCAAUGACAGCUCAGGAGGCGGAGGUUCUAAUGGCUCCGUUCCAGGCUCUGGUGACGCGAAACUUGGUGGAUCAGCACCAGAUGGUCAGCCAGCCGUUCAACCACAGCUUGGUGUUGGGGCUGGGGCUACCUCCGUUCGCCCCGUCGGCCCAAGUGUUACUUUACCGUCCUCUCUAAUGACGUCGAUGGUACUGGCCACAGCAGCCGGCGCUGGGGCGCCCACUGGUGGGCUUUUCGCGGUGACGACGGGCCCGGCUGCACUCAAGCCUGUCUCCGCGGGAAGUAGGACGACUCAGAGCGGUUACUUUGCGGCUCUUGCAAGUGUCGCGGGCGCCAUUGCGGCCAUUCUACUGUAG